ACUCCCUCCUGUCUUUGUUGCUUCCAGCCGAAGGGACAGUAGCUUCCUCAAAUGUUGAAGCACAAUUAUUGAAGCCUGUGCAUAAACCUCAUUGGGAUAUAUUUUUGGAGUAGUCAGCAGGAUUUUCCCACUUUAAAUGUCUAACUGAGGUCGCUUGUAGCGAUGGAGUCUUCCAACUUUUCUUCGCUGUCGUCCAUAAAGGGAGAGUAUGCAUCCGGGGAUUACAUGCAAUCCCACUACAAGGAGUCGUAUCGGCUGGCCAUCGAUUGCUUACUGAGCGGCGGCAGAGAAAGUUAUGCCGAGUUCCUCAAGGGAGAACGCACCGGGAGCUUCUUGUCCGAAGACGAGAUCGACUUCAUCACAACCAACGCCAAGCAGCUCCCGCCUCAGAACCCCGCCGAGGAAGACAACGCACCCGCGGAGAGCAGCAAAUCGUCCUCGGGGACGUACUGGCCCGUCAACUCGGACGUGGACGCUCCCAAUUUAGACCUGGGGUGGCCGGAGGUCGUGGAGGAAAACCAAGAGACCAACAUAGAUCUACUCUAUCAUCCCCCGAGACAGAACAGCCCCUCCAUUAAAGAAGUGGUUCUCAAGAAUAUCAGGGAAGCAAGACAGGUAAUCGGCAUUGUGAUGGAUAUGUUCACCGAUGUCGAUAUAUUCAAAGAAGCAGUUGACGCAUCCAUACGAGGAAUACCGGUCUACGUGCUUUUGAACGAUUCCCACUUGAAACAUUUCCUCACAACGGCUGAAAAUCAAGAUGUUAAAAUUCAACAACUGAGGAACAUGAGAGUACGGACUGUGAAAGGUGAAGAUUAUCUGUGUCGGUCAGGCACAAAAUUUCAUGGGGCAAUGGAGCAGAAGUUCAUCUUAGUGGACUGUCAUACAGUGAUUUUUGGCUCCUACAGCUUUACUUGGUCUUGUGGAAGGAUCAAUCUGAGCAUGGUGCAAGUUAUUACAGGCCAUCUGGUGAAGUCCUACGAUGAGGAGUUUAGAACGCUGUACGCAAGGUCCGCCGUGCCAGCUGAGCUGUGCCAACCAGAGGGUUCUCUCCACUCCAACGGUCUGCAUGAUAUGCGAACCUGGCCAAAAUAUAAUUCCCACUGCAGCCAAACGUUGGAUCGUCGGGACCAGUUGAGGCACACGUUGGACUCCGUCUACCGGAAGACCUGCGAGAGGAAUCAGUACGGACCUUUGAUUGAGCAUGACAUUGGUUUGCAAAAGCAUGUGUCUCAAUUUCCGUCCACAGAGACGAUUAACUUCUUAAAAAGGCACAGCUAUGCCGGGGAGAGACAAGACGGAUAUAUCCCACAGAAUGUCCGAGCCAGAGCAAGCAACUGGAAUAUUACUCGUGAAACCGGAAUUGGGACCAACCACUAUCCAUUGGAUAAUAAUUAUUUAGUGCCACACAUGUACAGGAGUCAAAAAGUUCGUCAGUCAUACAAUGGCAAUGACAAACACGUUCUGUCCGUACAGCAGAACAUGCCCACGCUGGAAAAAACAUCCAAGUCAUUCAUGCGCACAUGGAGGAUAGAGUCCUACCUGAAAAACCCAGAUGUCCCAUAUGGAGAGUCUGACUAUAUGGAUCCAUUUGAUCGAAGAAUGAGGUCUUCCCUCACUUACAGGUCUGCUAUGCCGGAGCAGAUGGAGAUCACCACACACAUAAAACCCACAUCCUCUGUAGGUAACCCGUCAUCAGUACACAACGCUUUGCACUACUCUUCAAUGCAGUGGAAUCCGAUCGACAGCAACAGAUCAAACAAUGACGAAUUUAUAAUGAGGAGAAAAACCCAGCAGAUGUUGGAGGACUAUGGCGGAGGGACAAGCGCAUACCCGUCUUCAUACGCCAGUUUGGGUAGAGCACAACGUGGGCAGAUCGCCACAAACCCUGACCUCCUGACAAACAGCUGGAACAAAAGGCACAGUGUGGCAGAUUCCAGAUCAAACUCGUCAUACACACAGGACUCCUCAAGUGGUAUGUAUGGGGGUUUUGCUAGAAUGCAAAUAGAUCGAGGCACAACUGGAAUCAAUCAUGGAGGAUACGUGUCAAAUCUCAAUGUGGACCAGAGAUCUGUCUCUCAAUACGAUGUCAAGAGCAACAGCACUUCCAGUUGGCUGGAGCAGCCUGCUCGGACGGUGUCUGAUGUAGCCCUGGAUAGGAAUGACGAGGAUUUGACAGUUAAAUCCAACAGAAUGGGCUCUCAGCAAUUUCUGAAGAAGAGCACAAAUAAGAUUAAGUCAUUUUUGAACAUACCAGACAAAAGAGAGAGCCAAACGAGAACAAUAGAAACCCCAAGCGUGACGUCAGAGAGCAGCACAGACACUAUAAAAGGUGAGGAUGAGAGCGCCAUCUCUGAAAGUGGGUUUAGAAUUCACCCUAGCAACUCAUCCAGCGGUUAUCACAAGAACCACACGGCAGAUGUAAAAUAUUCCGAACCACGAUUCACCACUGAGGAGCAGCGGCCAGCGCAAAUCUCUCGCUAUGAAACACAAAGUAAGGCAGACAUCCCUGACAAAAGCAACGACAUACCAGGUUGGAAUAAAGACAGGAAAACUGACCAUCGGCUCUACAGCAGAUUUGAGCCUUUCUGUUCAGUUGAAAAGAAGCAACCUAUACGCUCUCCAUUCACCUCUCUGGAGAAAACCAAAACUAAAAGUGAGGCAGUGAAUGACCACAGUUUCCACCGACUGGGAAGGAGUCACCAUGAAAAUAAGAUUGAGAAAUUCUUUCAUAAAAUGGGAAACUUCAUCCACAAGAACAAAUAGCAGAGUUUGAAAUGGUGUCUUGCCAAGGUGCAGGUCACGGAACAUUUGUUUGCCUGGCAAACCUGUAUUUUACUGUCACAAGUUAGUACCCAAACAGGUGAUAUUUACCAUAUUGUCACAGUGGGACCUAGAUAGUUGAAUACAACUCUGUUAAAUUACUAAUACAUUUAAAAUUAAUGAUUAAAUCACUUUGAAGUCUAUAUAUAAUAUAGACUUCAAAGUGAUUUAAUUCAUCCUGUUCAAAACCGUUGCCAUUAUAAAACCUGUAUUAACAAUACAGGCAGUGUUAUCAAACAUUGUAUAAUAAACCCACAAUAAAGUCAAACUACAGUAAAUCCUGGGCCACAGAGUGCACCUGCUUAUAAGCCGCGCCCACUUAAUUUUUUAUAGGUAUUGGCCGCAGUCACAGGUGUACACAUUAAAACAUGGAAUAUUUACACGUGUUUAUUCACGAGUUUGCCAAAAGACAGUGCCUGUAACAUGACAUACAGUAGUCUACCAGAGUGUGGCCUUCUCUUCAGUUCGGCCAUUGGGGUCCGUUAGUGUUGGUGGAUUUCUGUUCCGUUCGGCGGCUGUUUGCUUUUUUUGAUGGCUUGGUUGAUCGUCUUCAGCUUCAGGGCUGCGUUGAGUGCAUUUCGUCGUGUCUUCUCCACGAUGAAUGUGAGCCCACAACGCACUAAAUUGGCCGACUAAAUGAUUGUUAGAGUGCGUUUGAUUUACUGUGAACAAUUUCAUUGGUCCACCGUGAUCCGUUUGGCAAGUUCAUUGGUCUGAUGUGACGAGGCUACGUUUACUGGCUGCAUGAGAUGCUUUUGAAACCGUAAAAUCUAUGUAUUAGCUCCAACAUUGUAUAAAAUGCAGUGUUCAUAGCGUGGGGGAAAAGCAUUAUAGUCCGGAAAUCACAGUACUACCCCUUUGAACUGCAAGCUGCACACAUAAUGGAGAGCUGUGUGGUUGGUUUGUCAGCAUAUGGUUUAAAGCGAGUUUGUAAUGUUUUUUUGUUGUGUAACUGAUAUCUUCAUGGGCAAAAUCCCGAAACAACCUAUGAGCUAAAGAAAAAACGAAACAUAUCCAGGAAAAAGUCGCACAUGCUUAUGCUUAAUUUGAUUCAGGCCUGUUGAACAAAAACGUUCAAUAGAAUCUGUAUGGCUCUCUGAGGUUUUAAGCAAAAGGUCAAGGAUGCAGAAAAUGCAAACAUGUCACACAUGAUUUUUUAUCUUUAUUAACAUAAAGUAUGUCGGUAGAUGUUUAGCUAGUUUUGGUAAUCAUUUCCCCUGACCAAAAGCAACACACCUAUAGGUAAGGUUUAUGAUUAGCAAGGUCCAAAAUAAAUAUAUAGUAAGCCAGCGGAUUUAUUUUGGGGGGUACUUCCAUGUGCAGUGUCUAGGUCAAUCUUCCCGAAGUCUGCUUAUGCCAUUGACAAAUCAAUUCAUCUGAACACAGAUAUGAUAUAUCGAAUGACGCGGCAGGAGAUUUUUGGCAAGAUACUACGUCACUCUGCAGAUACAGGUUCUAGUUCUUUUGUUGUAUUGUAUUUGUACAGUACCACUGUGUUUAGAUUAAGAAGGCUUCCAGCAAACACUGUUUACAUUCGGGCUCUUCCAAUUGUGUUGUGCACUGGUGCACCUGACUGUACUGUAUGUUUACCUGCUGGACCAUGGCAGACCUCGAGAAAACCCACAACUUAAAUGAUAUCAUUAGAGCAGUACAUAUGUCAGACUGAGAUGUCAUUUAAAUAGUACUUGUGUCAAAGUGCCAUGAGUCUUAUAGACAAGUCUAUUUACAUUCCAAAGCACUUAUGAGUGACAAAGGGUUGCUACGAUUAAGAGUCGGUCACCAUGGUUUCUGUACAUUUUUGUAAAUAUCACAUAUUUUUAACACUGUAUUUCUUUGCAUUGCAAAUGUUGGGACUGUACAUGUUUUAUUGGACUCCAGACAUACACAAAUGUGUGUGUUGUUUAAUUUUGUAAGUAGAACAUGUGUACAUGGUAAGUGUUGCUAUAAAUGCACAUUCUGUAUGUAGGUGUACAUGUACAUUUACAUAAGCUUAUAUGUUUCGCCGAUAGUUUAAUUUCUGAUGCGUGUCAGCAUUAAACAUAUUGCAUGAAGUACCAAAGUGAAAAUGUUGUGGAUAUUACAAUGUACAGUAUAUACAGUACAGUAAAACCUGGGCAUUUGCCUCGCCCCAACUAAGGUUCAUCAACAUUGGAUAGGGAAAAUUCAAAUCCAUGUGUGGAUUAAAUGGACAAUGAUUCUAAAUUUGCAAAUGAAUUUGUUGUGCAUGUACAUACGCUCCUUAUAUCUUUUGCCUACUGCACGUAUGUAAGGCCUUGUGUGUGAUAAACCAUGAUGUUCGCUUCAGAGAUGAAGAGAGUCAUUGGAGCUGGGAAUAAUUAAUGUGUUGCAAAGUUCACUUUUAUUGCAAAUAUUGUUUCGAAAUCAGAGAAGAAGGAAUUCACGAAGGUGGGCUGUACCCGCUCUGAGCAAGUCGUAUACACACAGGAAUUAAUGUUCUAAAAGCCAACCAAUCACAGCCAUUACAUUGUGACGCGAGGUAUGAUUUCUUUCCAGAGGAGCACACUCAAGCCUUUGGAGGAGGGAGGAGUGCGCUUACAUAAGAUGUAUAAACCAAGGCUUGGUUUUGAGGCUUUAACACAAACAAAUUAUGCUAAAAAAGAUUAAUACCAGUGCCUCGCUCUGCCACUUUCUCAUCUCAAAACACAUUUCAGCUCACCCUCGCAUUACUCCUGGUGCUGUGGUUGUGUAAGCACAGGUCUUGUAUAUGUGCUUUAGUUACACCUUUGAACAUGCACAUUUUGUUUUGCUGUUGUUUUGGGAGAUUUUGAAUAAAUAAAUGAUGUUUUUGCUACGUUUUUUUUUUACAUUUGUUAUACAUCAAUUACUCUGACCAAAAUAUAUAUGUAUAUUAUUCAUUUCAAGCAGAAUUGAGUUCAGUCAGUUAGCCAAUAUUUUACGGCUUUUAUGUGGCCCC